CUGAGCUGACACACUAUAUUUUAUGGCCACAACAUCAAUAGAAGGACACUUGCCUUGUGAGCGCACAUUACUUGCAUUUUGCAUAGCAUCUUUAUAUAGCUUCUUUAAAUAGAUGGACAUUAGCUGUGAGUUGUCUUCUUGGAUGACCUGGAUCAUGGGCUCAAGGGCAUUCCUGCGAUUAAAUCAGAAUCAUACUGUGUCUUUUUUUAAAUUAUUAUUUACUAUUUUUAUUCGAUUGCUAAUUAAAUAUUCUACGCUUGUUGCUAAUUUUAUGUGCUGUUCAUUGUGUUUGAGCUGAUUACAGCCGAAGGAAUACGUAAUAACUUUAUUUACUGUUUAUUUAAAUAGUGUUAUGUGAAUGUAUAAUUAGGUGGCUUAUUUUAACAUUGUUGAAGUGUUAGAAUGUUUACAGAAUGCUAAAGUGAAAUUUGCCAGCUCGGAUUAUGACCCAGGAAUCCGUUUCCCACUCUGCCCAUAGAGGCUCGUGUCCACGUCUGCUGACCCCGACUCUGGAGCGCUCCCUCGUUCACUCGCUCCCUUUUUUAAUGUCAUUAACAGGUGGCUGUCCAAAAUAGAAAUGAGAAACGCACACUCCAAACCACAUACACACACACACACUGAGCCAACAUGGAGACAGUGUGCACAAAAAUGAACCAACACAUUCAAGUGCACAUCAAGAGUGAGGUAACGACUGACUGACAGGUACUGCAACCCAAUGCAAGCAGGCUUAGAACACUAGUGGCCUUGCCAUGGCUGUGCUGGCAUGGAGGGGGCUGGAUGUGUAAUCGAUCACACACACACACACACACUACACACAAACACACACACUACACACACAUACGCACACCAUACCAGUUUGCCAGCUUGGCCUCCUCCCUCUUUUGCCCUCCCUCUCCCCCCUCCCUGUCCCUCUGUCUUGUUUCUCCAGGCGCAGAGAAAAGAUUUCCUCCCUCGAUCCGACUGAGCCCCUCACGCCCAACAGAUACAUUAGAUUUACCACCACCCCUGUUCAUGUGAAUCUCCUUUGCCGCUGUCCUUUGGAACCUUCAAACUAUGAACCUCCUGAAAAUAACCCCAAUGUCACAGUGCAGAGCCCACACCUUCACUUAUGUCCUCAAAUCCUUGUUGUUCUAGCUAACUCUCAAGAGACUGACCAACACUUCCACUCUUUAGCCACUAUCUGUGGCCCCACUGCCCUCCCUUCUUCACAUCCCCCAUCAGAGUGUCUUCAGAACUGUCACAUCAAGAAGCCAGUCCGUCUAAAAUUGCCUUUCUCCACCCUCCACCAUGUGGUCCACCUUCAUCGUGCAGGAUGAGGACAGCAGGGCGGCGGCCGGAUCUGGAGGAGGUCUGGCAGGAAUGAUGGGAAUGAGAAGCGGAGGCAAGCGCAGGACGAGAGCGACCACGUCGGCCCUAAGCGAGACUCAGGAGGGUAAGAUCAAGCUGGCCUUUUUCUUGGCCAUGGUGGGCAUCACGCUCACCGUGCUCGGGGUGGGUACAGAGUUCUGGGUGGAACUGGCACAAUCCAGGGGAUUUUACAACAAUCAGACGUGCCUGGUGGGGCACUACGGGCUAUGGAAAGCCUGUACCAAGACGCUCUGGCUGGUGGAUGUCAGUCCGGAGCGAGAAUGCUGUGGGCCUGUGGAUCUACCUGGAGAAUCAAACUGUACAUACUUCAAGUUCUACACCACUGGAGAGAACACAGUCCUGUUUCAGAAAAUACCAGCCAAAAAUUUGACUGUAAUGUCUGCAAUGAUUGCCAUCGUCGGGCUUUUUCUGAUGCUGAUGGGAGCUGUAUGCAUCAUCAUGGCAAUAAGCAAAGGAGUGCAGUUUUUCCUAAAGCCAGCCUCUGUCUGUUUUAUACUAUCAGGUGUCCUACUCUUCCUCUGCCUCAUCGUUUUCCACCAGUCGGUUCUGUCGUUCUUGGAAAGUGACCACUCGGUACUUUUGCAUCAUGAACUGUCAUGGUCAGUGUCAUGUCUGGGAUGUGCAGGGGCCAUGCUCGUUCUGGCAGGAGCUUUAUUCCUUCUCAUAGCUCUUCCAUACAGUCCUUGGGAAAAGUGUCUGCCUUCCAAGAACAAUGGCAGUUAAUGAUGUGCAGGAAGAAAAACAGUUUUUUAAGCUUGUUUUAUAUGGAUAAUAGUAACAGUUUUUUUAUUUACAUUGUUUAUUAUGUUUGUGUUUUUGUGUUAUUGUGACUGAUGCAAUAAUUCAUAAUUAAUACAGCACAGACUAUUCAGGAAUAGAAAAAUGAACUACUAAAAAUAUGAGUAAUAAUGAGUACUUUUUCUUUUUCUUAAAUUUUACCAAAUCAAUUAUAAACGGGUGGAGUCAUAUUUUAUACUUGAGCAAAAGUAGUAAAAAGUACUUAUGACAGAAUGUAAUUGACACUAGUUAAGAUGUUAUUAAUCAAUAAUCAUUAAAUAUUUGUAACUAAUGCUUUAAUUCAAUGUUAUUUACAGCACUGAGCAUUAAAUUAAGCAUUAUUGUGUAAUGAUUACUAAUAUCUUAAUUAGUGUCAAAUAAUAAUUCGUUUACACAUUAUUUAAGCAUUUAACAAUGUUUAUUACUGUCAUAAUUACUGUUAUUUGUGCUCCUUGUUGUAAACUGUACCUCAGAAGAUUACUCCAAUAUUUAGUUUUAUUAGCAUUUUAUUCAUUUUAAAGCACUCAAAUCCAGGGAAACACAGUAUAGCUCCAAUUUCUACACUGUAAAACGUUUAUAUAUCUACAGAUAUGUACAUUAAGGUGUUCUGAAAUUACUAUAUCAAUGCAUAUCUAUACAAAAUAAAAAGUACAUUUCAUAGCAGGUGAAUUUAUGAGUCAUUUAAAACAGUAACUGGAUACAAGCUGGUCAGAAACAUUGGAGUUUUGAGUCGUGCAAGGCAUAUAUUUUUUUGCAGUAAUCUGGAGAAAGAAGGUCAUAACACCCAUGGUGACAUAAGUGUCACAGACCCUUUGAAAGCUGUGUAAAGUUCUUAAUAGCACUCUCCUUAACUCUAACUCAGGAAGUCCUCAAGUAGCGUAUACUGAACAUCCUGAGAUCUGAGUUAGUGCUGAGGAUACAACUAAAGAUAGCGUGUUUAAAACUUUAUUAUUUGCUUCUACAGCUCUGUUCCAACCAUUUAACCAUUUAAAUGCUUAAAUGAAUGCUUUUCUACCUAUAUAAGUAGUUCUGACCUGAUUUCUAGAACAAAUUGUUAAAAAUAGUUAGGAAAACCAGCAUUAGUGAGCUGCUCAUUGAAUUCAUCUGAUUCAAUUUGGAAUUUGGUAUCAUGUUAUAAUGUUGAAAUGGAUCUAGUCUCUUAGAGGUUAAGAAAAGUCUGAGCAACAACAUGUUUACGUACAAGGCUUAUUUAUGUGUGCAAAGUAUAAAAAAAAAAUUACAGUGCAGAUAUACUGUAGGUCAAAAUAAAAUUGUAAGGACUAAGAAAUGAUAAUAAUAAAUAAUAGUAGUAGUACAGCUCUACAAUACUCAAGUCUUUCCCACCCAGCAGAUUCAUUAAUGCAUUAUAAAAGUGCAGUGCACAACGCAAACAACAGCACUAGACCUGAUGUGUAUUGGUGUUACAAACUGUUUCUGUCAAUCUGGCAACGCACCACCAAACUGUGAUAAGAUUAGAUUUAUUAGGACACAACUUAUAACACAAAUUUCCCACACGAUCACAUGGCCUUUCAAUCUCAACCCUAACCUCUAACCGAUAUAAUACAGGUUUACUAGAGCAGAAAGCAGAGGCAGACUUGUGUCCAGGGCACAGAUCUCUGGAGUGUGCCAGCAGGAGUUAAAAACAGGGUGCUUAUAGGGUGUCUUGACCAGAGACUCGCUAAUCCCCAAUCAGCUGUUAAAAAUAUCCUCACAACUUCUCAAGUACCAGACUAGAGAAGCAGACUGCAAAAAAAGAAGCCCAGCAGACUUGUGUAAUGUCUAUUUAACAGAAGGGAUGUAGUGAUAUAUGAUAAAUGUGAAAUGGCUCAAUAGCAUACUGUAUUCCAAACCCCUUACUGAAAAAACAGGGAACACUUUAUUUAGACGGUCCAUUAUUUAGUUGGAUUGCAACUAAACGUUCAGUUGAAUGUUAUGAUUCUCUACAAAAUCUAAUUCUAAAACUAACCCUAACCUUAAGCCAAACCUUAACCAUGAAUCAAUGCUAAAACCCAGCCCUAACACCUAACCUAAACCUUAACCUUAAAUCUAAGCCUACAUCUAACCUAAACCUUAAGACUAACCUCAACUGUUAAUCAACCCUAAACCUAACCCUAACCUUAACCCUAACCUCAACCAUUAAGUAACCUUAAAAACCCUAAGCCCUAACUCAAACCUUAAAAUCAACCCUAAACAUAAUCUUAACCCUAAGCCUAACCUCAACAAUUAAGCAACCCUUAAACCUAACCCUAACCCAAAGCUUAAACUAAACUUUAAAUCUAUCCAUAAAGCUAAUCCUACCCUUGAGCCUAAUCUCAAACAUAAUUUAACCCUAAAAACAAACCUUAACCUAAACCUUAACUCUAUCUAAACCGUAUCCUAAACCUUUAAUCUAACCCCAAACCUAAUUCUAAAAUUUGAAAAUUAGGGUUCAAAUACAAGUUGGGUGUAAUAGUCUAUCUAAUUAAUCCUUUAGUUUAUUUAAUUAAUCUUUCAUUUAUGUAGAUAAUGUAAGCUUCUAUUGGAACUGAACAAAUUACGCAGAAAAAUCUACAUGUCCUGCCCAACAUAGGAAUAACUGAAAAUAAGUGGAGUGUGUAAUUGGCCUUCCAAGGUAGGGAGAAAAUUAGGGGGAAAAAAAUGACUCCAUAAAAACAUUAUAACAUUUUAAUCCCAUCAUACCAAAGAAAACACUAUAAGCUCUUUAUUUAUUGACAUAUUUUAUCUUUGAGAAAUGUCUUUAAACAUACUUUGUAUUUCUUCAGAUUUGUCUCAAAUGUCUUAUUGUACAUAAUCAUUUUAAUAAACUGCAUGUUUUAAAUAAUGGUCUACAUACAUGACAUCAUUCAAUAGAUCAAUAGAUAAUUAUUUAUUCAUUUGUGACUCAUGUAUUUACAUAACCUUGCUGCCUAUAUGUAACUUAAGUGUCUAUAUAUACUGUAUAUGAACACAAUAUAUUGCAAAAAGUAUCGGCUGACCUAUUACAAUCAUUAAACUCAAGUUCCAAUCACUUCUACGGCCAGAGGUGUGUAAAUGAAACCAAGCACCUAGACAUGCAGACUGCUGCAAAAAAACAUUAGUGAAAGAGUGGGUGGCUCUCAAGGGGUCAGUGUAUUUCAGCGUGGUACUAUGAUAGGACGCCACCUGUGCAACAAGUCCAGUCGUGAAAGUUCCUCACUACUAAAGAUUCCACAGUCAACUGUCAGUGAUCCUUGUAAAAUGACAGAAAGAAUCUCUACAGACCUCCAAACUUCAUGUGGUGAUUUAGAGCUUUAUGGGUUUAAUGGGUUUCCAUAGCUGAGAAGCUCCAUCCAAGUCUUACAUCACCUAACACAAGGCAGGCGAGCGGAUUACUUUGCCAAUACUUUUGGCAAUAUAUUGUAUCUAUAAUGUGUACAUACCCUCAUAUAUAUAUAUAUAUAUAUAUAUAUAUAUAUAUAUAUAUA